AUGGCGGCGGCCGGGAAACGGCGCUGCCCCGGGAACCCGCACUGCCCCGGGAACCGGCACUGCCCCGGGAUCGGCGCUGCCCGGGGAAACGGUACUGACCCGGGAACCCGCACUGCCCCGGGAAUGGGCACUGCCCCGGGAUCGGCACUGCCCCGGGAACCCGCACUGCCCCGGGAAACGGCGCUGCCCCGGGAACCCGCACUGCCCCGGGAUCGGCACUGCCCCGGGAUCGGCACUGCCCCGGGAAACGGCGCUGCCCCGGGAAACGGCGCUGCCCCGGGAACCCGCACUGCCCCGGGAACCCGCACUGCCCCGGGAUCGGCACUGCCCCGGGAUCGGCACUGCCCCGGGAUCGGCACUGGCCCGGGAAACGGCGCUGCCCGGGAAUGGGCACUGCUCUGGGAACCGGUACUGCCCCGGGGAUCGGCACUGCCCCGGGAUCGGCACUGCCCCGGGAAUGGGUACUGCCCGGGAAACGGCGCUGCCCGGGGAUCGGCACUGCACCGGGAUCGGCACUGCCCGGGAAACGGCACUGCCCGGGAACCGGUACUGCCCGGGAAUGGGCACUGA